UCUUUGUAGGCUUGUUUAAAAAAAAAAAAAAAAGUUCCUGGAGCCAAGCACUUGGAUUUCUAUAGAUAAUGGGUAGAAGUUGAGGUUCCUUGUUUGUUUCUUUCUUUAUAGAUUUGAUUUUAAAAGCUGGAUGGCAGAUACCUAAUUUGGUUAUACUCCACAUUUGGUUAGUAAUAACCUAUGGUGAAAAUCUAGUUCAGUGACACAUGUUGUGGUCUUGUUUUGACAGCUGCUGCUACAAAAAUGGUAAGAUGGUGCCACCAAGUGUCUUCAGAUAAGCCAGCUGAAAUUCUAACUUUAAACAAAUCUCUGCUGGAGCUGCUUAUGCGUUUAUUUGUCAUUAGCUGGCAAUUAUAUUACUAACCGAAGUAAUUGGUUCUAAACUAUUUAAUCAGCUAGCGUUUUUGUAAAUAGGUUUAGAGUAAAAUGUUCGCAAACUAGCUUGAAGCAAUUGGGCUAGUUUUUUUUAUUGUAUUAUUCGAGACAUUUGAUUCGUACACUAUAAAUCGUUAAAAUCUAUUAUUCCAAAUUAUUUCACAUGUGGAUAUCUCGAUAGGCCUAUCUAUAAAAUUAUUUCUAAAAAUAAAUCCUUACCUCUGUAUGUGGUAACGACCGAAAAGGUCAUGGAAAUUAUUAGGCUUGUCAAAACACAGACUUGUACAUAAGAUAGGAGAGCGAAUGAAAAACAGUUUUUAUCACUUUACAAAAAAAUUCUAUUUCAUAACAUUAGCCUACUUAAUAAUAUACUUUUCCAUAUUAUGCAUUUAUUCACUGCAUUUAUUAAUCUAGGUUAAUUUAUUAUUCUUUAAUCAUUUAUAAUUUAUAUUCCUUAUUCAUGAUAGGCGUAGGCCUAUAUUUGUACAACUUAAAAUGUUGAAAUGUAAUGGUAUAAAUUGAAUGAACACAAUGAAUAUAAACUUAGAUUAAUAUGCUGUAAAAGUAUUUAUUAUAUGAUACCUGUAUUAAAUAAUGUGAACGACAGUUGCCACCAUUAAAACUAUUAUGGAUAUCCGCUGAGUAGUAAGAAAGCUCCUUUGAGACGUCCUUAAAAACAGCGUAACCCCUUAUUUACUGCUCGUAGGCUAUCAGUUAAAUCAAUGAUAGGAAUGUUGACAAAAUAAAGAAAAAUAUUCCGGAACAAAAGGAAGAGAACAGAAAUCAAAAAGGUUUUGACGAUGUAUUCAGGGGGAAGAACUGGUUGCACCGCCGUAAGCGCAGAGCAGUUGACAGCUGCUUCGAGCCUGUCAAUGACACAGGAACAUGGCUCAGACCUGGGGUAACUUUUUCUUCUCUCUACUCGAUUACAAGACUGAGAAAUUUGUCAUCGCUAAAAACAAAAAGGUCGGAGUUCUGUUCAGACUCUUUCAGCUGGGAGUGAUUGGAUAUGUGAUCGGCUGGGUUUUUAUUUGGAAGAAAGGAUAUCAGGAGACUGAGGAAGCCAUCCAGAGUUCUGUGGUCACCAAACUCAAGGGUAUAGAUUUUACCAACAGCUCUCAGUUUGGUCUACAGCUUUGGGGUGCAGAGGACUAUGUCAUUCCUCCACAAGGGGACAGGGUCUUCUUUAUUGUGACAAAUUACCUAGUGACACCAAACCAAAGACUGGGUUUCUGCCCUGAGAGUCCUAAAGUGCCAGAUGGUUUUUGUACUAAUGACAAUGAAUGUGUGGAAGGGCAAACUGUUAUAGCAGGCCAUGGAGUGAAGACAGGCCGCUGUCUAAAUGACACAGGAACCUGUGAGAUUCAUGGCUGGUGCCCUGUUGAGCAUGGCCAUACACCAUUGGAGCCCAUGCUGGCAAAAGCAGAAAACUUCACAGUCUAUGUAAAGAACUUCAUCAAGUUUCCAAAAUUUGCCUUCUCCAAAUCGAACGUCCUGCCUACCACCAACAGCACAUAUCUCAAGACAUGCAAAUAUGACAAAGAACAACAUCCCUAUUGUCCCAUCUUUCUUGUGGGAGAUGUGAUUAACCGGACUGGAUACAAUUUCCAGGACAUGGCAACAAAGGGUGGUUCAAUUGCAGUAGCAAUCGAGUGGAAUUGUGAUUUGGAUAAAGACGAAUCUCAGUGUAACCCUGAAUAUAGCUUCACACGCUUGGAUUCCUCUGAAAAUCCACAGCACUCUGUCACCUCUGGUUACAACUUCAGAUUUGCUCGAUACUACAGUGAUGCAGAAGGUCAAACCUAUCGGAAUCUAUUUAAAGUGUAUGGCAUUCGCUUUGAUAUAUUAGUGAAUGGAAAGGCUGGAAAAUUCAGUAUCAUUCCUACAGUGAUCAAUAUUGGUUCUGGACUUGCUUUAAUGGGUGCUGGGGUUUUUGUCUGUGACAUGAUUCUGCUCUACAUGAUGAACAAAAGCUCCUUCUACAGAGAGACAAAAUUUGAGGCAAUCACAAAAAAACAACCUGGAAAGCACAGAGAGAGAAAGCAUGUAAGACACCACGGUCAUCAUCGCCAAGACGGGCGACACAAGAGGGAGGAGAAACAGGCAAUAGAGAUGCAGCCAUUGACAUCGGUGUCAUCUCAGCCCAAUAACAACCCAGAGAAACCGAUCCAGCCCACAGGCUCAGCGCUCAAAACCCACAGUCCUGAGAGAAAGCCACAGGGUACAGUGACAUUCAGGACUCAGCAUGCUACAGAAAAACAGACCAUUUCUCCUGUUUCAACCUUGAGAACACCACGCAACCAGUAGAGGAUUUUUCUGAUGCUGAAUCCCAUUGGAUUUACUGUGGAUGUAUGAAGGGAGUUGUUAUAGCGGGUCUAUGCUCAGUCAUACCAAAGAGGAAUAGUGCCAGUGUUGUUUAUGUUCUCCUACACUGUUAAGAAAUGGUUCUAAACAGUACCAAAUUUGGGUUCUUUGGACAGGACAGAGCUGGUCACACUCACAUGUUCUGUUAAACUACAAAGAGAAAAAGCCAUGUUGGUAGGAAACUAGUUACAAAUUGAGAGUUAAAAUUUUAAGAAAGAAAUCAUGUGUUGACAGUCUAUGUAAAUGGAUGGCUGAGCUCCAGAAAACCAGUAAGGUGGCUUCGACAGUUACAGAUUUGAAAAACAAAAAGGCGUGAAUAAAGAACCCUAAACUCUAACACAAAGAACAAUUUCAGCAAAUAAGGGGAUCUUCGGGACAAUACAGAUCUAAACAGAACUGUUACUACAUGUAAAGAACCUUCAAAGAACCAUCUUUUUGUAGAGUGUAGUGUUUCACUGCCAAUGGAUGUUUUUGUUACAAAGGAUUUAUAAUAAGCUACAAUAUUUAUUGUAAAUCUGACCUGACACCAAAAAUUGUCAAACCAACGUUUAAUAAAUGUUGAAAUAUUUGUUUUCAUCUUGAAUGUGAAAACAGUACAACCUUAAAAA